AUGGGUCCUUUCCACUGCCGGCCCCAAGCGCCAGGGUCUGGGGCCUCCCUGGGGGAUGCCCACGUGCCCACCCGUGGAAGCCAGGCCCUGAAUGACCGCUGGCAAGGCUGGGGAGUGUACGGAGCUGAGCCCACUGCUUGGCCUGGAGAGAGCCCCUGGGCCCUACUGGCCACCAGGGGACCAGAUGCGGACCUCACCAUGUACUCAGGCCACAACACCUGUGACCCAGGGGGAAGGAAGCAGGGCCAGGGCGGCUGCAGCCUCAGCUGUCCUGGCUUUGGGUUUGGAGGAGUUGCAGUUAAGACUGGACAGGCAGGAGGAGGCAUACUCAGGGCCACCACGGAGGGUGGCUUCACGGGCGAUGAGUACCAGGAGCACCUCCUGCCCCAGGAUUACUUGGCCACCUACUAUGACUUCGACGGUGGCCCCUCACCCAAGAUUGAGGUGCUGAAGCUGAACCUGGAGCGUCUCCACAAGACCUUCGGCCCCAGAGGCCUCCAAGGGGACACGCUGAUUGAUAACCGCUCAGGUCCUACCACCUACCAAGCCCUUGCCGCCUGCGAGUCCUUCGGAGACCUCACUCUCUCCGACUUCACUGAAUGUCACCGUGAGGAGCUGCGGAAAUGGCUGAGGAAGGAACCGGGGGCCCAUGACUGGACUCCGGCAGUGAAAUUCACCUGUGAGCUGGAAGGGAACAGCAGCCGGUGGCAGGAGAAGGAGGAGAAGCUGAGGGCCGUGGUGAAGCGAGUGCUCGAGUGCAAUGUCCACCUGGGUAACCCACUGGCCCAGGCUGUGUUGCCUCCCGCUGACUGUGUGCUCACCCUGCUGGCCUGGAUGGAGUGCACCUGCUGUAGCCUCAGCGCCUACUGUGCUGCAUUGUGCAACCUCACCUUGCUGCUCAAGCUUGGUGGCCACCUGGUGACCAUGGUCAUGCUUGGAUCUCUCUCCUCCUAUGUGGUGGGGAAGCGUGAGUUCUCCUGCAUGGUCCUGGAGAAGGAGGAGGUGGAGCGGAGUGACGCUGGCUUUGACAUUGGGCAGCUCCGGCAUAGUUCCCAGAGCUACUCAGCCACCAGCACUGCCAACAGCGGGGUCUGCUUCACUGUGGCCCGAAAGAGGCUUGGGCUCUGA